GAAAAUGAUGGGGGGCACUAUAAUAAUUAUAUUAUAAAAGCACACUUUUUCCCAUUCUGUAUCAAUCAUUUUGGAUUUGAAGACAAUUCCGUGUGGACGCUCAAAAACACACCGUGUAAGACAUUCUAAUACACAGCAUCCAUCGAAGUCAAUGACUCUUCGGUGACGGACUAGAGGUGUAUUCUGAUGAGGCACGGAGAAUGGCAAGAACCAAACAAACAGUCCGUAAACACACCGGAGGAAAAGUGAAUAUGAAAAUUCUGGCAACGAAAUUUGCGAGACCGAACUGGGUUAAGGCCCCUGGAGUGAGGAAACCUCUGAGAUACAGACCGGGCACUGUGGCUUUGAGAGAAAUCAGGAGGUUUCAGAAAUCAACUGAGCUGCUGAUCCGCAAGUUGCCUUUCCAGCGCCUGGUCAGAGAGAUCGCCCAAGACUAUAAGACGGACUUGCGCUUUCAAGGGGCGGCAGUCGGUGCUCUUCAGGAGGCUUGUGAGGCGUACUUGGUGGGUCUGUUUGAGGACACGAACUUGUGCGCUAUCCACGCUCGUCGAGUGACCAUCAUGCCCAAAGACAUGCAGCUGGCCAAAAGGAUCAGAGGAGAGAGACAGUGAAGACAUUCAGCGGUCGUCGCCAUCGUCGUUGUUGUUGUUGCUGUUGUUGUUGUUGUUGUUGUUGUUGUUGCUGUUGUAGCUGUUUUUGUUGUUGCUACUACUGCUGUUGUUGUUGUUGUUGUUGUUGUUGUUGUUGUUGCUGCUGCUGUUGCUGUUGUUGUUGUUGAAUUCUGAAUUACACUGCCCAUGUUUAUAUUCAUUUCAAUAUCCUCUCUAUUGUUCUGAAUAAAGGCCAAAGGUGGUAACAUCAGAGAUGUAAAAAGAUGACUUUGUAAAUUAUACCAUAAAAGAAAAUCAGGAAUCCGAGGAAACCCUAACAGGAAUUCCAAGAAUUCUCUUAGUGACACAGGGGUAAGGUAACUUUCAAAACAUACAUAAUUGAUAUGUAUUAAUGGAUGGCAUUUUCAGAACAGUCUGGGCACUCAAGUUUGUCUACAACAAAUUUUGAGAACAUUUUUCACCUUAAAAAUGAAACGCAGUGCCAAAUUUAUAAUGUUUGCCAUUAUAGGCAGCUGCUGUUAUUUGUGUGUUAAACUAUUAUUGUUUUAUUUUACUUCGUACAUUUAGGUUGUUAUGGAGCUGGCAGAGAGAAAGGGAGGAGGCGA